AAGGCGCCAAAUUGGACGAUUGCAAACAACCUUGGAAUCGCUAGCGUCCUGAAAAUAAUGGUAUUCAUGCAUAUGGGGCAAGCUUUUGUAAAUUCUUUGCAGAAGAAAUGUGAAGAGAAUCAAAAUAAAUGGGACAAAAUAGUAUUUCCAAUUUGUGGUAGUGAGCUGGAUUUCGCUUCAAUUUUUCACGAUGAUGAAUGGGCUAGUGUGGAUUACUUUUUCUACUUGUGGAGUUUGUUCAAUACAACACCAGUUGAUUGUGAUACUAUUUCUAUUGGAUCUGUUCGGGUGGAAAAAGACUACUUACUUCAUCACUUCAGCCAACUGAAGUGUUGUCAUAUUUGGUUUACAGAGAAUCAUCCUCAAAUUGAUUAUAGAAAUAUAACAUCGCUAAUAUUAUUCUUAGAAGCAUUUGUACAGCAUAUCUUUGCUCAAUCAAGUCUAGAAGUUCAUUAUAUGGAGUCGUUAUCCUGUUUAAUUCUUCUCUCAUGGUGGAAUAUUGCAUUUGGUCAUUCGCAGUCGUAUCAAAUUAUAGCCCGUGAAUUAUAUUCUUUAUGGGUUCGUUUAAUACCUCAACUUGUUGAAAAGUCAUCACUGACUAUUACUCAGUUAUCUGCUUAUCCUGAACAUUUGAAUUUGUUUAUUAUAAAUCUGUUACGUGUCUACGUGGAUUGUCAUCGAAAGGAUUAUGUGUCGAAAACUAUUAAAGAUCCCGCCUCCCAAAUGAUUGGUAUUCAUGCAUCUGUAAAUAUGCAUAGUUUAGGCGGGCUUUAUCGUAAAACUGUUGAACACCUACAGGCGAAUAAGGAGAAAGAUUUUACAUUUGCAGACACACCGAAUCAUGAUUUCUCUACUACUGUAUGCGCAGCUAUUGUGAAGAUUUUAAAAAAUCUAGUACAUUUAGGCUUAGCUGACUGUUUAAAGCAAAAUCCUGAUCUCCCUAUUAUUGCUUUCACUGAUCCGCAAGUAGUUGAACGUCUCAAUGUAGUUCGAGACUAUUUGCUUGUUCGAGCUUGUCGAGUUAUAGCUUAUGAAUUGGAACCAACUUCUACAAAUAUUCAUCAUUUGUCCAAGCAAUUAACGUGUUUGGUUCAUGUUACUGCCCCAAAGAAUAUAGUUCUUGAAUUACUGAGUAUCUCACUUCGUAAACCUGAAAAGUCUUCCACUUUUGGAAGUGCUCAUAUAAGCCUAAUAUCUUGGGUACUGGAACAAAAUCUAAAUGUUACAGAUUAUGCAUUCUGGUGUGUCUCGUCUGUGGAAAUGAAGGACAUGGAAGCAGCCAACGUCUUGUUUCCCCGUUUGUUUCGACAUGCUAAACUCUUGGCCAAAGAUCAUCUGUUCUGCUAUUCACUUAUUUUACAACUAGAUCGUGUUCGUAAGGCAACGCUACCGGAGAAGGAACAUUUGAAGCUUCUUCGUGCUGUCUUUGAACAUUUGUCAGUGUCAAGUAAAUGUGAAUUGUUAAAAUCCCUUCAGUCGUCUAAAAAUUGUAAUCGAGCAACACCUUUAUCGAAUUCAAAUGUACACUUUCAGUCACGUGUUAGACAGAUAUUCAAUCGUUUAGUGGUUUACAAUUCUGAUUCUUCUGAUGAUAACCAACAUAUCUCAAAUCAUUUUGACAAAGAGUUUCUUUUAGAUUGUGAAUUGCUAUUAUUCACACAUCCAAUAAGAUUUUUAACUGAAUUAAUUCGUCUACCCGUUAAUCGAAACUGUUCUUAUUCCCAGACCGCAGUUCAUCAGCUACUCGAUCAGUUAUCGUAUGUAUUCCAAGUCCCUACAGAUUUUUCGACUGUUUCAAAAUUAGUAAAUGAAUCAAACGGGAGAAAAAUUGCACCAACACUUGAACAACCUGUAAAUAGUACGAUUUUUCAACAACUUAUCUUAGUUGACUGGUCAAGGCGUAAAUCAUUUUCAGAUAUUUCACUUUUUGGUGAAGAUCCAUGCAAAACAGAUGGUGAUACUUUAUUCAGUGUAACUUUUGAAUAUGAUGAAGAGAAGUGUUCAAUUGAUGACUUAUGCGAAUUCAACGCAUCCAGAGGGUCAAAUUAUGAACUAUCUGACAACUUCAUUCUGGACACAGUCGUACAUCUAUUUAAACAACCAAAUUGUUUUAUUCAAAUAAACAAUAUCGUCCAGUGUUUUCUAAAUCACUUGGAACGUAACUUUACUAACCAUUCUUCUGAUUUUGACCAUUUAAUAACGCUGUCUACUACUAAAACUUCUGCGACGACGACGACUGCGAUGACAGUGACAACAACCAGUGAGAGCAUUCCUCUUCGUUGUAUACACAUUCGAAUAAUUAUCAGUGUGUUCUACUUUCUCAUGAAAGAUGCGUCUAUAUUGACAGUUUUGAACCAAAUUAACCUAAAUGAAUCGAUAGAACAAUUUGUUAAGUUGUUCAAACUGUUAUUCCUUGAUCAGGUGAAUGGGAAUACUCUUAGAAAGCAAAGUAGUAAUGAUGAUGAUGUUGAUGAUAAAAUGUGCAGUAAAACUGUUGUAAUAGUUCCCGCUCAAUAUCGCCAAUACCUUAUUUCAAAUGAAGUUGAUAUUAUGUUACUUGAGUUGAUUGAAUAUUGUUUUCAACAGUCACUUUCAUCUAGUUACCAUCAUCCGCAUCAAGAACAAAUGGAAGAAACAGAAGAUGAUGAAAAGGAACAAGAAUAUCGUCAUCCAGUCAAUGGGGUCGAGAAUACUCUUCGUCUACUCUAUACAUUAAGAAGUGAUAUAGACAAUUCAAUAAAUGUAUGUAGUUGGUAUAAACAAAGGUGUUUAUACUUGUUCGUUUCAACAUUAUCUUCAGUCAAUUCAUUGAAAAGUAAACUCCUAGAAUUAUCAAUUGAAGUGUCUGACAUACAGUUAAAGACACUGAAACAACUGAUAGAUAUUGACGAAUUCUACAAAAAUACUGGCAUAUACUUCAAAACUAAUUCGUUAACUUUGCUGCCAUCGGGGCAAAAUGAACGCUGUGACUCAUCGUUCCCUUCUACAAAAAUCCAUCGGAAUCAGGUUACAAUGACCGAUACAGUAUCACCACGUUUAAUAUAUUUCAUACUUGAAUUAGCUACUGUCUCUAAUAAACUCUGCAGUGAAGUGUUGAAGGCAGUUAUAAAGAAUUCCACGAAAUCAAGUCAACUAUGGAGUAUAUCAGGCAUUAGUACUGGUCAUCUGUUAAUCGCUUUUCAUUUGGUUAGUUUUUCUGUUGUUAUACUUUAAUUUCUCAUUAUAGCAUUUUGAUUUACAAUACAUUGACACUAUGUAAUUGCAUAAAUCGUGAUGGACGAAUUGAGAUACGAAUCCGUAAUUUUCUGUUUGCAAGCUUACUAUUCGAAUCAAUCAGAUGUAUUUCAUUCAAUAUGACACCAAUCUUGUGUUUAUCAAGUCAUGUUUUUCAAUCCAUCUGGUUUUCUUAUUUCCUUUCGUUGCUGGCUCUCAUUCAUAUAGUUUUCCCUUGCUUUUUCCUAGUUUCGGUGCGAAAGCUUAUUGGUCAUCUUAAACUUUUGAGACUGGAUAUGUUUACUAGAGCAUCCGUUGACGACAAAUAUUAGAAAGCAAAGUGUAGUUGACAAGUAUCGUAUCGGAAUAUUUAACUUUUAUUAACACCGGUAAUCUAUCCCAGAACUCUUAGAUUUUCAGGAAAAAUUACGCCAGUGACUUUUUUGAAUUACUAGUGUGAAGUUAUUGCUCCCAGGAAUCUACUAGUAUGAUGCUAGUUUUACUGGAAGAUAAUCCACACUGUACUAUUAUUUAAUGAUCAGUGUUGUAAGUACCACUUUUUGGAAUGGCAUUGGGUUGUUUGGAUGCUUACGGAACAUGAUCUGAAGUUACAGAUCUGAUUUCAACAGAAUUGAACACUUCAUAAUUUCUCCUGGAAAUGUGAAUAAUGCUAUAUUGUCGUCUUAUAUCAAGUAAAUGAAUCUAAUAUGUGAUUAAAUUUCAAUAUAAUGUUCAAGUUUUACUUUUCUGAAACUUCAGAUAGAAUGAUGGAUUUUCUUCUCACUGACCUGGACAGUGAGUGAUGAAUUCCAAUCCUUCCCCACCCCACCAAGGUUUGGUCAGAUGAGUUGGUUGACCGAUUCCCGCACAACAGUUGUUGCUCAUAGAGUACCCCGUCUUUUUAUUUAGUCCAUUUAUUUUUAAUAAACUAACUAGGUUGAAAUAGGUACUAUCCAUCUUUUUCUGUUCAAGCAUCUUAUGCAACCUAAGUUUGGAUUUGCUGAGUUAGAUUACAGCCGAGUAAUACUGCAGUGUGGCACAUACCGCAGUUUCUUUCCUGCUACUGCCUUUACGUUGUGUUUGUACGUCUACAGGAAUUACAUAUUUUAAUUAAAAUCUCAGACAAAUGACAAACAUAUUAGCGAUAUGUAUUGAGAGUGGAUCAGUCACUAAGGCGUUUGUUGAUCAUGAAUUAUUAGUGCAAAUUCCUGAAAUUAGUUCCAGACUCGAUACUGGUCAGGACUGUCUGAAAUUCAAUGGUAAAAUCAAUAUCCAGUAUUCCUUGACGUCUGAUUUUGCUUUCAUCAGUUUCAUGAGUUGUAUGGGGAAAUUUAACUAUCCUAGGUGGUGUCCACGAAGUGAUCGAGAUCUGUGGUUGGAGAUUUUAGAUGGUAUGGUGAUAUAACGCUAAUUUUUUCUAGACUAUACAGAUUUGUAUCGUUAGUUGGGUGAAAGUAUGUUACAAGAGCUGUCGUUGAUGAGAUACCUAUUGUAUCAGCUCACUCUGUCUUACUCAAUAACUGGCAAGUAGUCUUUAAUCAUCAGGGACACAGAGAAGGUGCACUUUUUUAGCAUGGGUUUUUAAUUGUAUUAUUCACGUGUGAUGGAACCACAGAGUGAAUAAUAUGGAAAUUAGGUGCAGAUUGCUAACCUAGAAAUGUAAGCUGGUCAUUGGGUUUGUAAACCUGUCAAAGCACCAUUUUUCUCGACUAGCAAUACUGACAGAAGUAGGAUUAUAUUGUAGGAAAUUUAAUGAUGUGCUGAGCAAGUCGUGGUAUUAUUCCAUGAAUUAGCUGACUAUAAUGUUUCCAAUAGGAUCUAAAUAUGAUAUCCAUCGUUUCGAACACUUGCUUAUGGCAGCCUCCAUCAAAAAGAAUCAGAAGUCACCGGAUCAUGUAUAAAACAAGUCAUCUAAAGAGGUCAUGCUAUCAAGAGCCCACUCCAUUAAUUGAUUCAUAAUGUGCUAUGCAUUAUGUUACUUAGUUUGCUUUAAGUCAAUUUUCAGCAUAUAAAAAUCACAGUAUAAAUUGAAAUGUCUGUCUCAGUCGUCAAGUGAUAAGUAGGGUAUCCACAUAUCAUAGAAGCUUUAAUUGAUCAUCAAACUGAUUGGAUUUCUUUCUAAAUUUCAUGCACCUUUAGAUUAAUGUACUAUAAUUAUUCACGCAGUUGGCUGCACAGAAACUUUCAUGUUUAAUUUAAAAUGAAUGGUGUUGUGGAUUUUUAUAAUGAAGUAGUUCAACUCCCAUGUAUGGUAUAUUGGGUUCAAACGUCGUCCAGGGUAAUCCAGUUUCCUUGACCUUUUUCUGUUAUGCGCCGUCAUCAUCAACGUCAGCAUAGGACGAUCAGGCAUUACUGCAUGACGGUUCAAGUUGCCACAUCUUACAUCAGCGAGCUUCUGGAAUUUCAGUAACCCCAAAUGGACAGUUUAUCUUUUUCUGUACGGCAUCCAUUCACAGUCAAAACCUUUAUGAAUUGAUGUCACAUUUUCUUCACUUCAUCCUUAGAUUUCUUCCAGCAUAAUUUUAAUUCGGCUAGCAUUGCUUGUCAGGAAAGAUGGUGGAUGGACUAUAAUUCGGUAUCAUUUGAGUUCAAAAAGUGCACCUCGUGUAAUUUGGAAUCAGUUUAUUUGAAAUACUCAACGACAGAGCUGAACUGGUAGUAUGUAAUGCUAUGUUAAUAUGCUUGUCGGAUAUUUCACACAGUGAAAGUUUACACUGACUUUAAACUAUCCGUACUUUAUGACAUAAUACGAUAACCCUGUAAAUUGCGAAAUUCAUCUUUGGCGGAUCGACAUGUUUUAUUUAGCAUAAGACUAGUUCUACAUAUGUGUGCACGUAUGGCUUCGUAAAAUGAAAUUGAAGUAAUAGCAAAACAUUGAUUUCUAACAUUAGUUUUACAAUAAAGAAUACUUAUAGCUUAUUAUGAGAAUGGAAAUCAUUUGGUGCUCUAUAAGCUCCAAAAAAACGUUUCGCUGAAGCUAGUGUUGAUGAUAUCAUCACUGCUAGUGAUGAGUGUUUCGUGGUCACAAACUGGGGCUCAGAGAACGCGGAAAAAUUUCCAUUAGUUGUCAUAAAGCAAUAUACCGUGUUUAUGAGGAAUGAUUUUAGACAUUUGCGAUCAGUAAAUACAGAGAUAUAUGUAUAGGUUUUGUACUUGCUGGCAUCCACCAUCAUUAUUUAUAUCUCCCAGUUCCUAACUCUUAUAGUUCAGUAGCUAUUCGUUUAGCGAAUAAUUGCUUUUCGGUCGCUUGAAAACGUAAAGCAUAAAAUACAGGACAUCGUGGGGUGUGUACAUUCACCUUACUGUGUAUUUAAGCCACGGUAGGCUUUGGUUAGCAUGAUCACUGUUGGCUACCACUUGAAUUAUCAAGUAAUUACUGAUACUCACUAGUUCGACUAUAAUUUCUCUUCACUGCAGACACAUGGUAAGCUGUAUAGAUAGUUAUCGUUUACUCUUCUCUCCCAUUUUAAUAUUUAUAGUUCCUCAGGAAGGUAGUUAAAACAAAGCAGUUGAAAUGCUGGGAACGCUUAUACUUUCUACUGGGUAGAUUAAUGAAAUUUUCUAUAUUGGUUUAUCCGGUAACAACAUUUGUCAAUGCUAAUGAAGAAGUUAUUGAUGGUCUUCCCCCGAGACUAUUCUACUUGAUGGACUGGAGUAAACUUUGCGGUUCAUUUGACGUGUUUGCACUAACAUCUGAUUUGUUGAAUUUAUGGUGCACAUCAUCAUCCACGUCUCUAUCCAACCAGAGAUUUAAUUCUGCUCAAUGUGCCAGUAUGAUGACUACCACCCCUGAAAAUGAAGAAAAGCUUCAGUGUUUAAGUGAAGAAUUCUAUGUUCUGUGUCAUUCAUUAUGUGAUUUAGUUUCUAAUUUGACAUCUGUCUGUGUAAAACCCUCUCAUACUGAAUUCGACACAAAUAAUAGUAAUAAUGAUGGGAAAACCGGGAAGGAUGACAGCAGCAAUGUCAACAAAAGUGUUGCAUUAAAAGCUUAUCAAUUUACACAAUACACUGAACAACUGGCAAAAAAUUUACUUGGUCAAUUGUCAAGACGUCUAAACAGUAAUCUCAUUUCUAGUUUGAAAAUGAGAUCAAGUCCACAGUUCAAUGUGGCAAGUGAAUUAAAUCGUCUGGAACGAACAAUUUCAUGGUUCCGACAAAAUUUAAACCGAAAAGAAAUAAUACAAAAAUCGGAUGAUAGAAAUAUGUUGUAAAUAAUGUAUAUUUGAAAAACAGACUUAACGACGUAAAUAAAGUCAUUCUCAUAUUAUCAGUGUGUUAAAAAAAUUUUGUCCC